AUGCCAAAGUUACGGGCCAUCGAGAACAUCACUUCGUUCAAGCCGAUUCUUGAGACUAAUAAUCAACAAGUACGCGACGAAACAAUCAAGCUGAUCGAGAAAACCGUCCUCACCUUCUUGCGUAAACUGGAUUCCGCCACUAAAACCACAGACGUCCGGAAAAACAAGAGACAGAACAGCUAUCUACGAAAUUCAUUCGAAAUUCAGUGAGUUUUUAUUAAUUUUUGGGUUUUGUGUUUUAGGUAAUUUAGUCAUGGGUAACAUCGGGAUUUCUCAGCGAUAUUGCGGUUGCUUCUGGUGGAUUUGGUGACUAAAAUGUAAAGAAAGAGCUGCUGCAGAUUUAAAGUAAUAUUUUUUGCGCUAUUAUUAUCUCCUUUUUCUAUAAAAAAUUUUUUAGUUAUACUCACUUAUUACAAUUUGAAAAUUCUCUUGUUUUUCUUCAGAAGCCCUGCCUCUAGCUCGUCGGAACGCUUAUUGUUCAGUGUUGGAAGUCUCCCAACAUUUUCCCGGCAAUUUCGAGCUAUGGCGCAAAUAUACUCCUUGCUAUUGGGUAAUCGACGCUCUACCAAGAGGUAGGUUGUGUACAGUUCGAACUCUAUGUUUAGAGAUCUUUACUAUGAAUAUAAAAAGGUGUAUAAGAACAAACAAAGGAAUCUGGACUCUGCUGUUAGCAAAAUCUGCAGAUUUUUCCACAGACCUCGGCAAUGCUUGAACGUGGUAAGAUUUUUGAAUAUUUUUCGUUUGGAUUUUUUAUAUCUUCGUGGGAAAUUGUUGCUUUUCAUUACAUGUCGAAAACAUGAUAUUUUCUUUUUGAUUUCGGACAUCUACAAGUCGAGGAUUUGCCAUGGGAAAACUGGUUUUGUCGUUUGAGUCAGGUGUUGAAGUAAACUGCGAAGCUUAUCCUGUAGCGAUUGGAGCUGAGCUGAUGAAGUUUACGGGAUUCAAUAUGGACGCAGAUACGAUUCUGGUAGUAGAGAAGGAUACUGUGUUUCAAAGAUUGAUCGAUGAUGGGAUAUUCACCAUGUUACCCAAGGUACUGCUGGUUACAGUAAGUUGUUUUUGUUGGUGUUUUUGUCUUUAGAUCUUUGGAUGAUCUAAAUGGAGACACGUUGGACUAGUGAUUCUCCACUCGGGGUUUUCCAGUUGCUCUUGAACGACGGGACGACUUGACUCGAGUCAAGUUUUGUCCUCGUUCUAAUAUUGUCAAACGCAUAAUGUAAAAUUUAAAAAGUCGUGUGAUGACCAGAAAUACGUAUUCCAUACCCUACUAAGUCUGUUUUAGGGCCGUGGUUUCCCGGAUAUUUGUACUAGGAGUUUCCUUCGAUGGCUUCUCAACCAAAACCCCAAGAAAAUCUUCUGUUUGGUCGACUGUGAUCCCUACGGUAAGUCCAUCUCUUUUUUCGACUAUUGUGCAAUUUUGUACUCUAGUUUAGGCCUGCAAAUAUAUUGCACAUACCGAUACGGAGGCGCGAAAUCGGAGAUUGAAUCAAAUGGGGUCAAAUUGUAUGAGAUACGGAUGAUGGGCCUGAAGAUGUCAGACGCAGUUAAGAUGAAUUUGGAUCCCAUUCAUCGAUUAACACUCACUGUGGCUGAUAUGAAGCGACUGAAAAAGUUGAAACAACUGGCCACGACAAAUGAUGAUAGUGGGCUUGAAAAACAGGUGAGAAAUGUGUUUCUGUCACACGUCAGCAGAAUUUUGCUGAUAUUGGAGUGACUUUGAAGCAAAAGUGGUUAAUACACGCUGUAGGUUUCUGUUUUUCAGGUUGAAGCGAUGAUUGGAGCCGGUUACAAAGUGGAACUGGAAGCGAUGUCUUCAAUCAAGCCAGAUUACAUCCUCAAGGAUUAUAUUAUUCCGAAAUUAGCACCGUUUACCAGUGUUUGUUUGUAA